AGACAGCAACAUCUGGAUCACAGAGUGGAUGACAAACAAAUACCAGCUGGAACAUUAAGCCACGCCCACACAGAUCUUGCCAGUUCACCUGUUUGUGGCUCCAAACUAAAGUAAGGACUAAACGCUGAGAGAAGGAGACGAAGAGGAGAUCCAGUCUUUGGUCUUGGCUCCUGUCACAGUGGGACGUGUCCACCGGGGGACUGAGGGAGCAGUGCCAGCUUGUAACAUGGGGUGUAAUAUUCACCGUGCAGGGCCCCUCCUGCCCAAAGGGGCGCUGCUGGUCCUGCUUUCACUCAGCUGCAUGGUGUCCUCUUCUCUGGCAGACAGCUUGCCACGUUUCAUCAACUCUCCCAAGGAUCAGACGGGCGUCUCGGGUGGAACUGCUUCAUUUGUGUGCCAGGCCACCGGAGAGCCAACGCCCAGGAUCAGCUGGAUGAAGAAAGGCAAGAAGAUCAGCUCCCAGCGAUUUGAGGUGACUGAAUUUGAAGAUGGGUCGGGCUCCGUACUGCGGAUCCAGCCACUGCGUGAAUCCAGAGAUGAAGCCUUUUACGAGUGCACGGCCAGUAACAGUGUUGGAGAGGUCAGCACCAGUGCCAGACUCAGAGUGCUUCAGGAGAACAACAUCCCUCUUGGUUUUCCUUCCAUUGAUGUGGGCCCCCAGCUUAAAGUGGUUGAAAAGAACAGAACAGCCACAAUGCUGUGUACUGCCAGUGGAGACCCGCAGCCAGAGAUCUCGUGGUUCAAGGACAUGCUUCCUGUGAAUAUCAGCAGCAGCAACGGGCGCAUCAAACAGCUUCGCUCAGGAGCUCUGCAGAUGGAGAACAGUGAGGAUUUGGAUCAGGGGAAAUAUGAAUGUGUCGCUGUGAACAGCGUUGGGACCCGAUACUCUGCUCCUGCCAAUCUCUACGUACGCGUCCGAAGAGUCCCGCCCAGAUUCUCCACUUUACCCUCCAACCAGGAGGUGAUAGCAGGCGGCAGUGUCACCCUAACAUGUGUGGCAGUGGGCUCACCGAUGCCUUAUAUCAAGUGGACCCGGGGCCUGGUGGACCUGACUCCAGAAGAAGAUAGGCCCUUGGGGCACAAUCAGCUGGAGCUCACCAACAUUCGAGAAUCAGCUAACUACACGUGUGUGGCCGUGUCUUCUGUGGGCAUGAUUGAAGCUACGGCUCAGGUGACUGUCAAAGAGCUUCCAGCUCCAGCAGCCUCCUGUCCUCCAGAGAGAGAGCCAGCAGACCUGCCAGCUCUGCAGCCAGCUGACUGGUCCUUCCAGUCUCAGUGCAGGGUGAAGCUGCUCUGCCUGCUGUCCACAGUGCUGAUAGUGAAGAGUCUGGUGUACUGCUGUGGACUCUCUCUGCUGAUGAUCCUCAGAAACAAGGGAGCGUCCACCAACUGCACACAUGCUGACUGACUGUUUUCUGCUCGCCUUUUCUCACCAUCAAAUCUCAUCCAUUCAUCUCAUUCAUCACUUUGAUCACCAUUCACACAUCUGAGAUCUUUGUCUUACUCUCAGCUCAUAUCCACAUGUUUGUGUUACUGAGUCUGUAGUGUCGAGUGU